UAACGUUCGCAUUGACAGUCACGCGUGUACCGCCAACCUCUGCGGAGCGUCGCGAAGUGUCGUUUCUUUAUGUGACUCGUUUAAGAGACUUCAGCAGAACCUAUGAAUUGACUGAAUUUACGCGUUCUGAAUACUGUGUAUACCGUGGGUACUUGAUCGUCUCGUUUUGUUUGCCGGCGUGAUCGGGAGAACCUAGUGUUCGUGAUUGUCAUCGAAGCGAAAAGUAGGAACGACACGAACUGGAUGUGGUGGCAAUCGCGUCCAGAUCGGAUGAACGGUCUCGGCGACACGUGUUGCGCCGCGUCGCGACAGGAGACACGUCUCAGAUGUGGCCGUGCCGGGAAAAUCGACCAGCGAUCACGUCGCCGUCGACGUCGUUCUCGCGCCGUUCCCUCGACGAUGAUCGCCCGCACGUGAUACGUCUCGAACGCGUGGACUUUUACCGAACCGGUUCUACGGUGCAGCCGUACGCUUACGCGCGCGAAUCGCAUUGCUAUCGUGACUUCUGAGGAAGAUUCGUCCACGACACGUAAGAACUAUCGUGGCAAUUUCGCUUCUUCCUCUUUUUUUUUUCUUUUCGUUCAUAUGGAUUGCCGGUCUUCAAUACGAUUAAAGACAAUUCUGCAGAUCUUUAAGAUUUUAAGCACUUAGAUGUCGCUAUUUGGAUUUCUUCAAGAUUUGACGUCAAAGGGUCCAAAAGAAUGCUGCCUCCGAUUGGCGGGAUGCAAUUAGAACAGAGGAUGGAUAAUGGCAGGCCAGUGCCUUAUUUAAAUCGACGCCUUGCUAGAAGGUCGCUUGCUGAACCUCGUUCAGAAGAUUCCGAGGCGGAGAACACCUCGCCACGGGCAUCGCCUGUGGUCAGUCGGCCGCAAAACACUAGGAAGCGUCGAGGAAACUUGCCCAAGGAGGCGGUUACCAUCCUAAAAAGAUGGUUGUAUGAGCAUAAAUACAAUGCGUACCCUAGUGAAGCAGAAAAGGAGGAACUCAGCCGAUUAACGGGAUUAUCCAACCUUCAAGUCUGCAAUUGGUUCAUAAACGCCAGGCGACGCAUUCUACCUCAGAUGCUGAAAGAAGAAGGGGAGGACCCGAAUCGGUAUACAAUAUCACGCCGUGCUCGUCGCUUGAACGGCGGCGGUCCCAUUCGACCUGGUCGAAGAACCCCCCUGGAGCCGAUUGAUAGUGCUCCGGUCCGACGUAAAAUUAAUUCGCAACGUGGAUUGGAGGAGUCCACGUGUCAAAGCGAGGACUAUCCCAAUGAUUACGACAGCAGUCUGAAUGACUACCACAGCGAAGGGGAGGAACAACCUUCGAUACGAUGGCCGAACGUGAUAGUUCAUCCGUACGUCGAGGCUCAAGUCGAGCAGUAUGACGACGACAGUAUUCCUCACCUCACGUAUGCUCGACGAAGGAAUAGCCAUUCACCUAACAUGGGAACUAACGAGAAUGAAGAGCCUGCUGCAUACUGGAGUGCACCUCGUGAGCAUUUAUCUCUGUCACCCCAACUGCAACAGCAGAUCGCACAUCGUGGCCUGACACCGCGAACCAUUGAAAACGCCUACCUUUAUGAACAAAAUGGAAACACCUUCUCAAUGUUGGCGGAGGUUGCUUCCGACAUGCCACGCAUGUCAACACCAUCACCAGCGUCUGUUUAAUCAGGUUCUCUCACGAUCAUCUAUUUCGUCUGCUUUCAUCGGUAUCUCUAACAUUGGCUAAAUGGAAUAGGAAAACGAGAUUAGUAUCGUAAUUAUUGUUGUCAAUGACUGACGAACGAUAUAAAAGUUCAAAAAUUCUUCUCAAAAAGACUAGCAAAUUAUUAUACUUUUUAGAAAUUGUUACAGUCGUACAAUCUCUAAGCAAUGAUGAUUAUCAGUCAUUAUCGUUAUCUCAUUAUGUAUUGCUAUUAACAUCACGAAAUAACUCCGACGAUGUCAACAAUUGUCAAACAGUUCAGAAUAUAUCUGAUUAAACGUAAUAAUUUCUAAUUUUUCGAGAAGAGAAUUUUUGCAAAGGGAUAAUAACAAGUAUGAACGUUUAAGUCGGAGAGACACAAUUGUACCUUUGUUAUACAUAAAUUUGGUAUUCUACUCAUGACAUUUUACAGUUUUCAUAUUAUAGCUUGCUUACCCUAUUUCUGUUCAUGUUCUUCAAUUACAUUAUGUUUUCAGAAACUUUUAAAUAGCAUUGAGAAUGUUUUCUAUUGCCCCUCGCGUAUCGCAUUUAUUUUUAUAAUAAACGCGCGCGAAAGACAUGUAUCAGGAUAAUGCAUUUUCGCACAAAAAAAAAUCGCGCUUUCGAGAUCAUUAAACCAUUUCUCGUCUCAUUGUUUUAAAUAGCAGACAAAAAUUAAGUAAUUAAGUUGAAAUAAUAGGUGACUGUUGUAUAUAUAGGCUACGUUCAGAUUUGCCACCUGGAUGUAUUCAGAUAUCAUUUUACCUUCUUCAAUGUUAAGUGAGGAUAAAAUGUUACCUGGAUGAAUCCAGAUGGCGAAUCUGAACGCAUAGAAAUGUAUUUGAAAACAAUGCAAAUUCUCUUAACAAGAGAAUUUGCAUUACUUUCAAAUAUAGAAAUGUUAGACCGAGCCAAAGACUAUUACUUAUUUUGUUAAUGUUAAUUAGGAUCCAUUUGACUACGUUUGCAAUUGAUCACAAGUCACUCAUAGCACCAGUGGAGAACCUCUAGGCACCGAUCGGCUUGGAUUAGCCUGUGGUCAAUCGUAACGUGGUCAAACUCUACCGUUAAUUACUAUUAUAAUUAAAUUGUGUUAAAUAGACAGAUAUUUCUUAGACAGUACAACAUAGCCAUUUUUGUCUGUAAUAUAUGAGAGACGGUAAAUUCGAAAAAAAACAACGCUCGACAAGGUUGUUAAAUGUACAACUGAAAUUUAUUUUAAUACUACAUAAUCUUGUUACUAUAAUAAUGAAAUAUUUCAUAUCUGUCUCGAUCCUCCUACACGUUAAUCGAUUUUCAUCACGUCAAGUUUCGGAAUACUUCUUUUAUCUUAAAUCUCCAUUUAUUUAAAAUUGUUGAUCACCUUUAUAUAUUAAGCGUUUGCAGAAUUUCAUCGUAUUGUGUGGGAGAGAUCGACCCGACAAGAGUUUCUACUCUACUUCUGUACAAAACUUAUGAACCUAAUCUAAAAUUGUGCCUUUCGUAAGGCGUCCCAAGUUACGAGGGGCGUCUUUUAUUACUAGUAGUUCAUAGUUGAUCAUUAACAGGCGGACUAUUUGAUACAAAUAAGGGCUCUUGCAGCGCGGCAAGUAUUUUCACGUGCAGUGUGCAGGGGUCCUAAGUGAAGUCGAUGAAACGAAUACCGAGUUCACGUCAAUUGAAGUUCCGCAACAGUGCACGUUCGUGCGUUUCUUUUUAUAUUAACGUAUGAGUGCCAUACAGGAGGAGAAGAGAAAUACACAAGUGUCUAUCUCGAACGUGCGAAAAGGUAUAUCCAUCCUCGAUGCGCAAAACUCCAAAAGGUCAUCGCGAUAGUGCAAUUCUUCUCAUCCAACGCACUAUCGAGCAUAUGUUAAAAAAAUAUUCAUCAAUUCAACUUUCAUCUAGAGUCUAUUUCUGCGAUUCCCGGUGAAUCUUAAAUUAUUAAUUAGCGAAGGAAGUUCGAUUGAGAAUAAUAUUCGAUGGUGUGUUGGAGAUAAAUCGCGCGAUAUCUGUAGAAACUACUUAAUCGUACCAAUUGAAGAGAUUCGGAGAGCAGCAGGCCUUGGCUCGCUUUUCUCGAGACAAUUUACAUCGCAUUUACACAGAAGAAAAGGGAAAAAAAUUACACGUUCCCGAGAUUAUUUUCCGAAAACUUUACAGACCAGAAUCGCACGAGAGAUAAUUUGUGUAUAGCUCUUGUUAUCUUGUAUGAAAAAUAUUUUCGAUUCUCUGCGCGAUGAGCAGCUAAUGUACCUUAUAUAUCGGUACUUUAGCAAUAGAUGGAAAGUCAGUGAAAAGAUCCAGAGUCUUUUCAUUGCAGACACAGGGACGGAUAUAUGAUUUUUCUGGGUGUGAAAUUCCUCAUCCAAAUGGUUGUAAAUCAUUAAUACAGCUUUUGUCAAAUCAGUCACACGAUUUCUCAAAGUUUGUCAAAAAUCAAAAUACUUUUUUUUAAUACCCCGAAUUCUCUGAGUGGGGAAUUUCACAUCCACGGACACUCACGUAAAUAUGCGAAAUUCAAACGCCCCAAGGAAGUCUCCGUCCCUGCAGAUACAUACAUAUCUUUUUAGGCAUGUUGAAAUGCCUGUUAGUUACGUGACCCAAGCAGCAAGGUAAUGUCAAAAGACGUUAUAAUAACGUCUUAAAGACGUCUCUAAUAUAAUAUUAAUAAUAUAAUGUCUAAUAUAAUGUCGUAUCUAAUAUAAUGUCAAUAAGACGUUAUUAAAACAUCAUUUAACGUCCACCUUGCUACUUGGGGGAAUUUGUUAGAUCAUUUUCAUUCUGCAAUAUACUGUCGGACAGUAGCUAAAGACGUGCGUGCAGAAUUAUCACAGUCGAUUUGUAAGAAUCCAGACGACACGCAUGUCCGAAAUCGGGACAUUAAGAAUAAAAAUGUCUUAAAAACGUUUUUUUGGUCUGACAUCUAAAAGAUGUGUUAUGUCCCGAUCUCGGGCAUGGUCUGGGAAAGUACACCGAGUUUAAGUUUAAUUUAUACGUGUAUACAGACACGUAUUACGUACGCGAAUCCACGCGAAUCUUCAUAGUUCACGUAUAAACGUUUAUUAAUUACGUGAACCUGUUGGAGCCACACAAGUAGAGUUUUACUCUCUGCGCCGUUAAGCAUAUCGCUAUACUUUGAGACAAUAAUUAAACACGUGCGCGCAAAGCUAUCAUAUCCGAUUUGUAAGAGUACAUUUUAAGUUUGAUUUAUACGUCGUUCAUACACAUUACGAAAACUGAAAUAUACAUGUGCCAUAAAA